UAGGCUAUAAAUAAAGACCCAACUCUGCCUCAUUUCUCUCUCUAUUCACAAUAUUUCCGUUUUGAUUUUCAUUUGAUUCAUUCAUUGAAUCAAAUCGAAUCUUUAGGAUUCAAUACAGAUUCCUUCGAUUUUACUAAGUUUGAAACCAAAACAUGUCUCUCCUUUCAGAUCUCAUCAACCUUGACCUCUCCGAAACCACCGAGAAAAUCAUCGCCGAAUACAUAUGGAUUGGUGGAUCUGGUUUGGACUUGAGGAGCAAAGCAAGGACUCUACCAGGACCAGUUACUGACCCUUCACAGCUUCCCAAGUGGAACUAUGAUGGUUCCAGCACAGGUCAAGCUCCUGGAGAAGAUAGUGAAGUUAUUAUAUACCCACAAGCCAUUUUCAAGGAUCCAUUCAGAAGGGGUAACAAUAUCUUGGUUAUGUGUGAUGCAUACACUCCAGCUGGAGAACCCAUUCCCACCAACAAGAGACACGCAGCUGCCAAGGUUUUCAGCCAUCCUGAUGUUGUUGCUGAAGUACCAUGGUAUGGUAUUGAACAAGAAUACACCUUGUUGCAGAAAGACAUCAACUGGCCUCUUGGUUGGCCAGUUGGUGGUUUUCCUGGACCUCAGGGACCAUACUAUUGUGGUGCUGGUGCUGACAAGGCAUUUGGCCGUGACAUUGUUGACUCACAUUACAAAGCCUGUCUUUAUGCCGGCAUCAACAUCAGUGGAAUCAAUGGUGAAGUGAUGCCUGGUCAAUGGGAAUUCCAAGUUGGUCCCUCAGUUGGCAUCUCUGCUGGUGAUGAAAUUUGGGUUGCUCGUUACAUUUUGGAGAGGAUCACUGAGAUUGCUGAUGUGGUGCUUUCCUUUGACCCAAAACCAAUUAAGGGUGAUUGGAAUGGUGCUGGUGCUCACACAAAUUACAGCACCAAGUCUAUGAGAGAAGAUGGUGGCUAUGAAGUCAUCUUGAAAGCAAUUGAGAAGCUUGGGAAGAAGCACAAGGAGCACAUUGCUGCUUAUGGAGAAGGCAACGAGCGUAGGUUGACAGGGCGACAUGAGACGGCUGACAUUAACACCUUCUUAUGGGGUGUUGCAAACCGUGGUGCGUCGAUUAGAGUUGGAAGGGACACAGAGAAAGCAGGAAAAGGUUAUUUCGAGGACAGGAGGCCAUCAUCUAACAUGGAUCCAUAUGUUGUUACUUCCAUGAUUGCAGACACCACCAUUCUCUGGAAACCAUAAGCCACCACGCUACUUCUGCUAUAAAACACACACAUGCAUUGUAGUCUUUCAAAGUCAUUGUUGAUUCCGCAUUAGAAUUUGGUCAUUGGUUUUUCUAGGAUUUGAUUUGUGUUAUUGUUAUGGUUCACACUUUGUUUGUUUGGAUCUGAGUCCUUGUUAUGGUUUCAUAUUUCUUUUUCUUGUUCUAAGUAAAUGUCUGAAUAAUAAUGUAAUGAUUAUCGGUAAAAUAAUUAUUGUUGAUUAUGAUUAUUGAUAAAAAUGUAUGAAUUAAAAUGCCCAUGACUAUGAGGGAAGAAGGA